GAACCAGUUAAUAGCAUAGAUUACCUAUAUACAGAAAUCAUUGACUGAACCAAAUGGUGUGAAAUUGUAGGUUCGGGUGCGUUAUUUAACUGCAGCUUCCGCGCGGAACCCGAUAGAUCGGCGCAGCUUGACACAAUCAAAACCGCAUUAAGAAAUAUGGAUAUUUUUUAAUUACCAAAGGGCUGGUGGAGGUUCGAGAAGUGUUCAAGGGUUAGGCACCUGGAGUUCGAAAGUAUGUGGUGGUUACAAGGUUUCACCGCUGGUCGAUUAACCUUUCAGAAGUAUCCGGAGACCCGCACCCGACUUCCUGAUAAGGCUUGCAACAACCGUAAAAUCUUGGUAUGAGCAAAAGAAAAGAAAUACACUUGGUGUGAUAAGCAAAUAAACAAGGUAUACAGGUGGGGGUCAUGAUCCCUACCCCUCCAAAUCUUAAUAACCCUUUUCCGAGAGUCCAAACCUAGAGUUUAGUGGAUGAUGCAAUCAUUGAGAGCAGCACUCAUUGGAUAUGCCGGUCUCGCCUGGAACACGACCCCGAAUAGGACACCUGGUUGUGCCCUACUGCUAUAGCGUAGCCGGAGAUCCUCAUUCUGACAUCCAGGAAAAAGUAUACCCAUGGGGGGGAACAGAUGUCACGUGCGCAGCCUGGAGCCUCCCAGCAGCCUCCCAGCAGCCUCUUGCUGCAUAUCACGUUUGUGGCGCACCACAGUUGGCUAAUCGCAUUUUGGUGAAACCGCCUGCGACAAAACCCCCUUCAUCACCAUGGCAGACCAAACCAUUGACGAGCCCGACAUCCCCGAGUUCAGCUCGGCCACCAUCUUCCAAGGGUCUAUUUCCCUCGAGAACAAAGGGUCAGUUGCCCGAGACCACAUGGCCAAUGAACGAACGUUCCUAGCGUGGCUCAGAACAUCGCUCUCCUUUAUCACCAUAGGCAUUGGUAUCACUCAACUCUUCAAGUUGCUGAGCAAUUCAAAGGUGAAGACCUCAGGUAGGUUUGUGAACCUUGACAUUCCCGAUGCUGAUCGGUUCCACAAAUAUGGUAAGCCAUUGGGUGGGAUUUUCAUUGCCUUGGGCAUCGUCACCUUACUUCAUGGGUUCGUGCGGUACUUCAAAGUGCAGCACCUUCUCAUAUACAAUUAUUAUCCUGCCACUCGAAAGGCAUUGGCUACAUUGAUAGGGGUAAUUUUGGCGGUAUUGGUGACGCUUUUGGUGGUGGUGAUUCGGGAAUAUUAGUGUGUAAUGAUAGCAAAAGCAAUAGAUAAUACUGAUUAGAACCG